AUGAAACCAGCAGGAGGCGCCGGUGAGUCCGAAGUCCUGAGUCCCUCCAUCACCGCUCAACACUGCCUGCCUCCUCUUCCUCCUCUUCCUCCUCUUCCUCCUCCCGCCUGGGAUGCUGAGGAAAAUGAUGUGACGCUGCAGCCGACCAAUCAGGAGAGGAGGGGGGCGUGUCCAGAAGCAGAGCUCAGAGCUGAUGAUGCUGAGAGCACUGAGGAGGAGGAAGAGGAGGGUGGAGGAGGCCUAGCCCGAGCCGAGGAGCACCGACUGAUAAAGGAGGAGGAAGAGGAGGGAGGAAGCUGUCGCCUGUCAGAGGAGGACCUGGCGGCGCCGUCAUGGACCAACACCGACCAGAGAGACCCACCAGCCUGGCUCUGUUCCCUCAGAGGCCACAAGCCGGGUCCCAGGAUCCAGGAGAAGGUGUGUGAGGCAGAACCGCUGCAGCUCAGUGAUCUGUUCAAGGACGCCUGGAUGGCCUGUUCUGAUCCGGUCCGGUCCGAGCUGCUCUGCCAUUUUGUCAAGAAAAUUCUGGACUCCAUCAACAACAACUCUUUAGGAAAAAAGGAGAACUGGAGGGACUCUCACUCCUCCUCCCCACAUGUUACAGGAGGUCCAGCUCCUCAGGAGGUCCAGUCCAAAGCAGAGGACAAAGUCCGACCCGGUGCUCAGCGCCGACCGGCACCAAAACCUCCCACAGCCGGGUCCAACAGCAGAACCAGCGCUCAGACCGCCGCCUUGGCUUCAGACGCACGGACCAAGGACAGGGACAAGAAUGCACACCAGAGACAGAGGGAGGUGAACGGGCCGAAGGGACGGUCCACUGAGGGGAGAGGAAGAGGAGGGACGAAGGUGAGCAGCAGAGGAGCAGGAGGAGGUGCAGCAGGAGGAGGUGUCAGGUCCAACAACAAGCUGUUCAACCAGGAGGUCUACCUGCCAGCCAUGGUGGUCCCCCGCACACCUGUAGCACCCAGAACCCAGGAGCAGAACCAGAACCAAGGCCAGAACCAUGACAGAACCCAGGACAACCCUCCUGCUCUGUCCCGGUCCAGCAGCGAGGGGGGUUCCAACAGGAUGUCCCUGGGCUCAGACACAGAGGGACCCCCACCUGAACCUCUGCAGCCGUCCCUGUCCUGCAGAGACAACCCCGACAUCAGAGAAGAGGACGGGGAAGGGACUCCGACUCCCUGCCUGCCCGUCCAGAACCGUCCCACCUGCAGUCCGGCAGGAGGGGACAGACCAGAGACAGAACCAGGAGGUGAGCCUGUGGUGAACGGAGUGUUGGACCGAACAGAACCAGAGGGCCAGGCUGCAGCUGGCUUGAGUUACGACUCUGUCAAAUACACCCUGGUGGUGGACGAGCACGCCCAGCUGCAGCUGGUGGACCUGAAGGACUGUCUCCAUAAGACCAGUGUGGACAACCAGCGUGAGGACAGCGACACCGAGACAGUCUACCAGUCAGCCAAUGAGGAGGAAGACCCCGAGUAUGUGCAGGAGAGGAGGCGGAGCGAGGACUCCAGGAAAGAAGAGGAGGCGAAGAGGAGGAAGGAGGAAGAUUUAAAGAGGAGGAGAGAGGAGGAGGUUAAGAGGAGGAGGGAGGUAGUUGCCAUUUCAAGGGUUUGCAAGCAGUCCAAGGUGACUUCAGCCACAACCUCCGAGGAGGAGGAGUCUAAUGGAAGAAGGGGCGGAGUUCCAAGAAGCAGGAAGUUCCUGAACCUGUUCUCCAACAGCAGCAGUCAGUACAGCUCCACAGGUGCCGGGUCGUUUGGUGUGUUCUCCUGUGUUCUGGAUGGUGUGGAGCGGCAGCAGAGCCACAGAGCGGUCUACAGGUUCAUCCCCCGUCAUGCAGACGAGCUGCACCUGGAGGCGGACGACCCGGUUCUGAUGCUGAAGCAGAGUGAAGAUCUGUGGUGUCAAGGCUACAACAUGAGGACCGGAUCUACCGGGAUCUUUCCUGCUUUCUACUCUGUCAAAGUGCCCAAAGACCAGAACCACGUCCGGAACGACGGCUGGUUCGAGCAGUUCAUGGUGCGGUUUCUAGGUUCAGUCCAGGUCCCGAUUCACAUGGGCAAUGAUGUGCUGUGUUCAGCAAUGCAGAAGGUAGCGUGUAACAGGCGGUCAGCUGGUCAGCCGCCUGCAGCCUGUGUUUUGGAGGUCAGCCUGAAGGGUGUGAAGAUGAGCGUCCAGGACCAGUGUCACUCUGCUCACAGGGGAGAUCAAUGUUUCCAUUUCUUCCAGUUGAAGAACAUCUCUUUCUGUGGCUGCCAUCCCAAACACAACAGAUAUUUCGGUUUCAUCACUAAACACCCGGACCAACAGCGCUUCGCCUGCCAUGUGCUGAUGUCUGACACUUCGUUACACCCUCUUGCUGAGGCUGUGAGAGGCUGUGAGGUAGCGUGUAACAGGCGGUCAGCUGGUCAGCCGCCUGCAGCCUGUGUUUUGGAGGUCAGCCUGAAGGGUGUGAAGAUGAGCGUCCAGGACCAGUGUCACUCUGCUCACAGGGGAGAUCAAUGUUUCCAUUUCUUCCAGUUGAAGAACAUCUCUUUCUGUGGCUGCCAUCCCAAACACAACAGAUAUUUCGGUUUCAUCACUAAACACCCGGACCAACAGCGCUUCGCCUGCCAUGUGCUGAUGUCUGACACUUCGUUACACCCUCUUGCUGAGGCUGUGAGGAGAGCGUUUCAGCAGUUCUACAAGGAGCACAUUGGAUACUCGUGUCCCACAGAGGACAUCUUCAUUGAAUAAAGCCCACAUGAACUGAAGACACUUCCUGCAUGUAAGCCUGGUCUUACAGCCAUCAGGACCACCCGUAUACCCUCUGUGCAUGGUGGACCAGAACCAGAACCUGCUCAAACGGCCCAACAGUCCUGUCAUGUUAAUGCACUUAUUGACAGAAACUAUUUUCAUGUAACCUUAAAUAGAUAUUAUACUCCAAACUACA